CAGUAAAACUUGGAAAAUUCGAGCAGACACAUGAAAAUCGCCUGGAAAAUUGUGCAAAAUUAGCUGAACAAAUUUGUAAAAUUCAUAUAUAACAAGUGGGGCGUCGGCAGAACAAUGGCCUGGCUUGCAUAUUAAAGAGGAAAAAGGACACAGAGACACGAAAAACAUGGAGUUACCCAGCAGAUCCUGGCUGCUUGGCAGCAUCCUGGCCCUACUAUUGAUUGCCCGAGUCAGUGCAUCCGAGGACGAAGAGCGCCUGGUGCGCGAUCUCUUUCGGGGCUACAAUAAACUCAUACGACCCGUACAAAAUAUGACACAAAAAGUUGGAGUAAGAUUUGGUUUGGCGUUCGUACAGCUAAUCAAUGUCAAUGAGAAAAAUCAAAUUAUGAAAUCAAACGUUUGGUUACGUUUGGUUUGGUACGACUAUCAGCUGCAAUGGGAUGAGGCUGACUACGGCGGCAUUGGGGUGCUACGUCUGCCCCCGGAUAAGGUUUGGAAGCCGGACAUUGUGCUCUUCAAUAAUGCCGAUGGCAACUACGAGGUGCGCUACAAAUCGAACGUGCUCAUCUAUCCCACGGGCGAGGUGCUCUGGGUGCCACCCGCAAUUUAUCAGAGCUCCUGCACCAUUGAUGUCACCUAUUUUCCCUUCGAUCAGCAGACAUGCAUCAUGAAGUUCGGCUCGUGGACCUUCAAUGGGGAUCAGGUCUCGUUGGCGCUGUACAACAAUAAGAACUUUGUGGAUCUCUCCGAUUAUUGGAAGUCGGGCACUUGGGAUAUUAUCGAGGUGCCUGCUUAUCUCAAUGUGUACGAGGGGGACAGUAAUCACCCGACCGAAACGGAUAUUACAUUCUACAUCAUUAUACGACGCAAAACAUUGUUCUACACGGUGAAUUUAAUUUUGCCCACGGUGCUGAUCUCAUUCCUUUGCGUGCUCGUCUUCUAUCUGCCCGCCGAGGCUGGCGAAAAGGUCACGCUUGGCAUGUAUCUGCUGUCACUGGUUGUGUUCAUGCUGCUCGUGUCGAAGAUUCUACCGCCCACGUCGCUGGUGUUGCCAUUGAUUGCCAAAUAUCUGCUGUUCACCUUCAUUAUGAACACGGUGUCCAUUCUGGUCACGGUCAUCAUUAUCAAUUGGAACUUCCGUGGGCCGCGCACUCAUCGCAUGCCCAUGUGGAUACGAUCCGUGUUUCUGCAUUAUUUGCCCGCCUUUCUGCUGAUGAAGAGGCCGCGGAAGACCCGUCUCCGUUGGAUGAUGGAGAUGCCCGGGAUGAGUAUGCCAGCACAUCCGCAUCCCUCGUAUGGCUCGCCGGCCGAGUUGCCCAAGCAUAUCAGCGCCAUUGGGGGCAAGCAGUCCAAAAUGGAGGUCAUGGAACUGUCGGAUCUACAUCAUCCCAACUGUAAGAUCAAUCGCAAGGUGAACAGCGGCGCCGAUCUGGGCCUGGGCGAUGGUUGUCGUCGCGAAAGCGAAUCGUCCGAUUCGAUUCUACUCUCCCCGGAGGCGAGCAAAGCGACCGAAGCCGUUGAGUUUAUAGCCGAGCAUCUGCGCAACGAGGAUCUCUACAUACAGACCCGCGAGGAUUGGAAAUAUGUGGCAAUGGUGAUCGAUCGCUUGCAGCUAUAUAUAUUCUUUAUAGUAACCACUGCGGGCACGAUUGGCAUUCUGAUGGAUGCGCCACAUAUCUUCGAGUACGUCGAUCAGGAUCGCAUCAUCGAAAUCUAUCGUGGCAAGUAAAGCGCCACAAAUCGACUAAUGCAUCCCAAUUGGGCAAAAAAAAAAAAACAAAAAAACUACAAAAGGUUAAACAUUGCAAAGCGCAACAAUAAAUGAAAAACGAUUUAAGCGCAUUUUAUAGAUUUUAAUAAAGAAAAUCAGAAUAGAAGCAGAGAACGAUUGGCAAAUGAAAAUUCAGGCUAGCGAAACAAGUUAAUACAAUUAAAAAUUAUCUCACUGAAAUAAACGCUUCUCCAUUUAGGCAUAGAAAUCAUAACAAGAAAACAAAAGUAUUAAAUUCAACUAGAGGAAUUGUGCAUUACUUUCAUCGUAAAGUGAAUUUAGUUUAAGUGCAAUAAACACAUUGAUUCAACAACUGACAGUUAUUGCCAACUUGUUAUGUUAGACCGUUAAGUAAAACACUUUAAGAUUAAACUAAACACACACAAACAGAUACACACACAAUUUGUAAAUGCUUCACGCAC